AUGGAGAUCUGGAUGAGGUAUUAUCGCACCGGUCUGGACUGCCUGAACGCCAAUUGGACGGGCAGUGCCUUGAGAAUUGGUGGAGGUUAUCAGUGGAGCGAUGUGUAUGCCGAAGCACAAGCACACAAUGCCAUCGUGGUUGGUGGAGGAGCGCCAUCAAUCGGUGCCAUCGGUGGCUGGUUGCAAGGAGGCGGCUACGGACCGGCUACUCAUCAAUACGGUAUAGGGGCAGAUCAAGUCCUGGAAGCCGAAGUUGUCCGGAUCACCACCACCGCCAUCUGUGGCACUGAUCUCCACAUAUACCAUGGAGUACUUGGCAGCCAGGAGGUGCCAUGGACGGUGGGCCACGAAGGCAUGGGUAUUGUAGUGGAGACCGGAUCCGCGGUCACGAGCAUCAAGGAAGGGGAUCGUGUUGUCAUCAGCGCAGUACAAGCCCCCGGGCAUCUGCUGCUCGAGCCCACCAUCGGGGGAGGCGCUCCAAUAUUCGGGGGCGGCAAAGACUGGGGAGAUCUCGGGGGAACUCUAGCCGAAUAUGUCCGCGUGCCCAUCGCAGACGAGACCUUGAUGGAGGUAGGGAACCCGCAGAUCCCGGACAGGGAACUGCUCUUCCUCUCGGAUAUCUUCGCCACGGGGUGGGAGGGCCUCAACUACUCAGGCUUCCAGCCAGGCGACGACGUAGCCGUCUUCGGCGCGGGGCCCGUCGGCCUCAUGUGCGCAUAUAGCGCCAAGCUCCGCGGCGCAAGCAGGGUGUACAGCAUCGACCACGUCCCCUCGCGCCUCGCGAAGGCCAAGUCGAUCGGCGCCAUACCGAUCAACUUCACCAAAGGCGGGCUGCCAUCGGAGCAGAUCCUCAAGCUGGCGCCGGACGGGGUCACGCGCGUGUGCGACUGCGUCGGGGAGAGUGCGUCAACGAGAAGCUCGAGCCGGACCAGGCCUUCGUGCUCACCGAGGCCGUCAAGAUGGCGUCUGACAAGGGCGGCAUCGGCGUCUGAAAAGGGCGGCAUCGGCGUCCCGGGCGUGAACAUCGCUCAGCCGGACAGCAAGGGCACGCCGCGGGAGUCGACCAUCGCGCCGGAUAUCAAGUUUCCCUUGUCGCUUUUCUGGGGCAAGUCGCUGAGCAUGAGGGGAGGUAGUGCGGAUAUCCUGACAGUCGCGUCGAUGCUGUUUGAGCUGGUAACGAGUGGAGUUGCGAGGCCUGGUUUCGUCGUGAGCAAGGAGUAUAUUGGGCUUGAACGCGCGCCUGAGGCGUUCCGGAGAUUUGACCAGCACCUGGAAACCAAGGUGUUGUUCAAGCUCCCAUGGUAUGACGAGCAUAGGCAGAAGAGAAAGAGUACGGGCGAGGAGGAUACCGCACUCGGCCGAGAACACGAAGCUAGUAGUAGAGAACUCGAUCCCCAUGGAUCCGGCAGGUCCACCAGGUAA